AUGGCAGCGAGGCAAAUGGAAGAGAUUCAGAAGAAGCUGUCAACGCUCAAUUACCCUAGAGCCAAUGCUCCUGCUCAGUCCCUCCUUUUCGCCGGCAUGGAGCGCUAUGCUCUUCUCGAGUGGCUCUUCUUCCGUUUGUUGGGUGAUAAGUCGCCGUUCUCGCAACAAAAUAUCCAAGGAGAUGCUAUUGAUCGCGAUGAAGAGACUGGUCGCAUUCAGUAUUUAGCAGAAAUCGCGAAGUUUCUGGGCAUUACAACCAGUAUUGAUACUGAAGUUAUCCAAGGACGGGGAAGCUAUGAGGAGAGAACUGAAAUGAUUCGUCUUAUUGUCGAUCUUGUUGAGGCAAGCAUCUAUGCAGAUAAUCCAGAUUGGAGUGUUGAUGAGCAAGUUGCCAAAGACAUACAACUCAUUGACUCUAUUGCCGAGAAACAGGCUCAAAUAUUCUCAGAAGAAUGCAAAUUGUUUCCUGCUGAUGUUCAAAUUCAGUCUAUAUAUCCAUUGCCAGAUGUUUCUGAGCUGGAAACCAAGCUUGCAGAACAAUCGAAGAUACUUUUGAAUCUUCAACAGAAAGUUGAUGAUUUAGCAUCAAAGCAUGCUUACAACCCAGAUGAGGAAUAUACGGAAGUCGAGUCUCAAUUGCGUUCACACCUGGAAUCUUUUCUUGAAACAGCAAGAUCUUUCAACAUUAUUUACACCAAGGAAAUUCGUCCAUGGACACACAUGAUGGAGGUUCCACAGCUUCAUGGCUUUGGGCCAGCUGCCAACCGAUUGUUGGAAGCAUACAAUAUGCUACUAAAGUUCUUGGGCAACUUGAGGAAUCUUAGAGAUUCUCAUGCAGCACUGGCCAUUGGAUCAUCUGAAACGAUUGCUGGAGAGCCAUCUUCUGUGACAAGAAUAAUAUCCGAGUGCGAGUCUGCAUUGACAUUCCUAAAUCGCGAUCUUGGCAUUCUCUCUGCUUCCAUCGCUCGUGAACGUGGCCAGCAGGGCGAAGAGGUUUUUUGGAGCAUUCUCAAUCCAAACAUUCCCUCGAACAUGUUUAGCUUUUCCGAUCCUCGAGAACUGAAAUGGGAUUAUUAGCCAUCGAAAUCGGGUAAGAAAAUUCUCUGCUGGCUUGUUUAUCAUCAGUUCUGAACCCUUUGCCGAUUUGUCUCAUUACCGGGUUUUGUUCAGAGAAGCUAUGAAUCAUGCUCGAAUUGUUUCGUGUCGAUUUCGUUUGGUUAAUAGAUGUAGAAUUUGUGUU